CUCACGUCUGUCAACUAAAAUUUCACGUAACCGCUACAAUUUCUAGAUUCUUAUAAGAACUGUACAUUUAAUAUUCGAUAACAGCCCUUUCAAUAAAAUUAAUGACUUCUUCAUAUCUAAUAUUCAAAUCAUCUUCCAAUUGGGAAAAACUGCAUGUUAAGAUUCUACAAGAAAUAUUGACUACUUGAAAGAAGAAAAAGAUGUUGGAAGAAAUGACUAAUAGUUGGGCACCCAAAUUUCAUUCGUUAUUAGAUUUAACAUUAUUUUUGCCUUUUGCCCCCAACUUUCAGAAUAAUCUACAAAUUGAAGAAAAGAAAAUAGCAGAUCUUGAUAUAUUUGUAGGAUAUUUAAUUUUACUUUGGGCAAUGCUGUAUAUGCUCUAUGAAAAGUGCCUUAAUGUUUUACUUAGAUCUAUGCGUUUUCCUUUAAUGCAAAGAAGUCGGAUUAUUGAUGCUGUGUGGAGUUGUGGGUUUUGCUUCGGGAGCAUAAGUUUUUUAAAAUUCUCAGCAAUGAUAACACCAGAACUCUCAUCGCUGCAAUUAGAAGAAGGACGUCUAGAAUUGGGUCUUAUUUUACAUAAAAGUUUUUAUUUACAUCAUGCAGGAAUAAAAAUUUUCUGUCGCGGUUCAUGGUUGAAGGGCUGGACUGAUCUGUUAUUUGCUCUAUUGAUCAUAAAUUCUCAUCAACACAAAUGGUGUCCAAUAAUUAUUAACAUUUUAUUCUACAAAACCAUUAAUACAUUGCUCGUUGAGAUUUGUCGUAUCUCGCUCUCUCUUUGGCAAACCAAAUUUGGAAAACUUGUUACUAAAACAUUGUUCCUGUGCUACUGCCUUAAUUGGAUAUAUGUAUAUACAUGCUUUGUGCCUGAUUCAUUGAGAGAGAAUAAUAACAUACCUUUACAAUUAUAUCUGUGGAUGUGGUACAUUUCAGAAUGUUUAAACUCAGUGUGGGUGAAAUUGUUGGGAAAUUUUAAUUCUAGUCAUUGGCUUGAAGCGUGCCUCUUUUUGCCACCUACUCCAGAAGCUCUUGAAUUAGCACGAAUCCGAAAGAGACAUAGAGACUCAUUGAAGAAUAACAGAAGUAGUACGAAAACGCCGAAAAAGAUUGAAUUUUGGCGAACUUUACUUUGUGCAAUAGCAAUGAAAAAGAAAAUAAGAAGAAUGCGACAAGCAAAGCAAAAUAAGACGCAAACGGAAACAGCUAAUAACGAAGAGGAAAUUAAAGAAAUAACAAGUGAAUAAUUCAUUCAUGAAAGUCAUUCAUAAAUGAUUCUAUGUUAACAUAAUCAGUUACACAAAUUCCAAGAAUUCGGCCGCAUGCUUAAGAUGCAGUAUUAUCCUCAUAAAAGAGCUCUAUAGAAUUUGCAUAACAUUGCUUAAGGAGAGUCUCCACUCAGUUGUUUUAAAGUCUGGAUACAUAACUAAUUUUUGAUUGAAAUGCACAUUAUCCCAGAAAAGUAUAAGGAUCCCUUUUAGUUUCUUUUGCUUUAUCACACUGAUUCCUGUCCCUUUGAUUUGUGAUGCCUGUGAUGUGCUUUAAGCAUUGUAGUUUAAGAAAUUCCAUGUAAGUUUGUAUUUUAACAAACCUCCAUUCUUUUUAUGUAAAUAUUUAACUUUUUUAGUCCUUUGAUAACAUGAGAGAUGUGCACUUAGCGCUUUUUGCUGCCAUUAGCAAAUAUCCAACAGACCAAAUAUUUGAAUUUCAUAAGUAAAGUCAGUCGCCAGUAAAUAAGUAAUUGUUUUUAUAUUUAUAAUCUUGCGCAUUUCAAAAACAUAUACUAAUAAAACUAUGUUGAACCAUUG